AUGACCAUACUAUGGUGUCAUAGUGGGGUUUCAGAAGUUGAGUUGAGACGACAGUGUAGCAACUUCGGCACAUACAAUCUGAAUCCAUGGCGGAUAUUACUUUACGCGCAAUACGGGUCCUUAGAUAGCGAAGAUGCAGAAUCCGUGAACGACUUCCAUGACGCAGAAGAUGCGCUGAUGGAAGACGUACUAGUUCCUAAGAUUGUCAUUACAGACGAAGAAGGCAAUCAGACACAGUCCUCGGAGACGCCUACUGAAAGUCCAAUGCAUGCUCACGAUCCCGAGCUUGAAACUGCGAUACGACUAAACGAUUCGGAAACUUACCCUCAGUGGCCAAUAAACGCUGACAGUGACUGGGCUUGGUCGGAUAUUCCAGACGCUACUCCUCCGGUCCAGAUGGAUGACAUGAAUUGGCGCCAGCUAAGAAACACCAGAGUGGUAUUAAACAUAAUGUUUGAGGUUGCUUGCCGACGUAACCUACUCGGAGGAGUCGCCAUGCUUCCAGUAGAUUACUGGCAAAUCCCAGAAAAGAAUCGCACAAAACUUUGGGUUAUCAAAGGAAAACAGCAGAUGGCGAAUGAGUCCGACCGCCACAAAUGUGCUGUACCCUCGGAAAUGGACCCAGUUUACGGAUUCAAGAACGACGACGGCGGGAUUUCAGCCGCAAACUCUUUAAAAUCUACUAGAUACGUCUGCUUAUAUUAG